AUGGCUUAUGGAGCUGUUGAAGGUGGAAUAACUGAUAACAGCCAGGCAUUUUUGAAAGCAUGGAAUGAUGCCUGUAAAUGGACUGGAAGGGCAAGGGUUUUGGUUCCCCGAGGAAUAUUCAAGUUAUUCCCAGUUGUAUUCUCAGGUCCAUGCAAUGGUCCGAUUGCCUUUUUGAUCAUGGGGACUUUAAGAGCCUCUACUGAUCCAUCAACAUUUAAUUCUGAAAAUUGGAUAAACUUCCGAUACUUGGAGCAGUUAACCGUAGCCGGAGGCGGUACCUUGGACGGCCAAGGAUCCUUUGUUUGGCCUCUUAACAACUGCAACAAUCGUCCAUGCAAGACACUCCCCAUCUCUUUGAGUUUUGACUUCGUCACAAAUGCAAGCGUCGCUCACUUGAGAUCAUACAACAGCAAAAAUGCCCAUAUCAAGGUUUAUGGAUGCAACAAAAUGGACUUCACCAAACUUAGAUUGUCAGCUCCAGGUGAUAGCCCAAACACCGAUGGCAUAAAAAUCGGAAACUCCUACCGCAUCAGAAUCUCACGCUCGGUUAUUGGCACCGGCGAUGACUGCAUUGCGAUAUUGUCAGGAAGUAAGGAAAUCCACAUUUCUAAAAUUUUUUGCGGUCCUGGGCAUGGAAUCAGCAUUGGAAGUCUCGGAGGGUAUGAUAAUGAAUACGAUGUGGAAGGAGUAUAUGUGAAAGAUAGCGGUUUAAAGGGGACUACCAAUGGUCUAAGAAUCAAAACAUGGGCUUAUUCUCAUCCCUUGAAGGUUUCAAAGAUUAGAUACGAAAACAUUGUGAUGACUGAUGUCACGAAUCCAAUUAUUAUCGAUCAAAAUUAUUGCCCCAGCCCUCCCUGCAAUCAACAGGUUACUUCGAAUGUGCAAAUUAGUGAUGUGACAUAUAAUAACAUAUGGGGAAGUUCUUCUUCCAAAGAAGCAGUAAUUCUGAAAUGCAGCAAAACCAGCCCAUGCAAGAACAUGGUGAUGAACAAUAUCAAGUUAUCCCUCAAUGGUCCUGGAGGUAUUGCGAGUUCUUCCUGCGAAAAUGCCAUUGGCGUCUCUUACGGCACACAAAACCCUCCUUCUUGCAUAAAAGUCUAGAUUUAUAUAUGCAGCAUAUGCUUUUGACUUCAAGCAGUCUUUGGACCUCGCUAGCUUAGCAGUUCUGUUUUUUUAGGCCGAUUGGGUUUAGGGUUUAGCAUGAAACAGUGCAUAGCAUCAUACACUUGUUUGAUGCUUCGUUUUUACGUACAACAUGAGUUGAAAACAGUGGUGUUAAGUUCUA